UGGUAUAAAGUGGACAGCUGACUGAAAAGCAAAUAAACACGCAAAACAGCUCAUGUAAAAGAUUAGAAAUGAUAACAAUCGUCGAUGGCAACAAAUAGGCAACUCGCCGAUUUAUUGCCUCAUUCGUAUACGGAAUUGCUGCCGAAUUGUUGUCGAGAUUAAAAAUAGGCUUUUACUUUCAUCAUAAACAAAAGAUGUUUUUCUCUGUUACUCUCCCAUAGCAGUGAAAAUACAAUACAAUAAAUAAUAAUACAAUGGAAACUGAAAUCUUUUGCGCAAUUAAAGAUGAAGAAUCCCUUUCAGUGCAAGGUUCAAUGCAUUUAAUCUUGAGCGAAGUGAAAUCCCUACGAAGAGUUAUAACUCAUUUAUCCAAAGAGGUUUUGUCGUUAAGGAACGAGGUUCGCCAAUUAAAAAACAUUCAGGAAGGCACUAAACCUGCUAAGCAGUCUACUCAUCUUCCUGUCAUGCCCUUCAAUGAGAAAACAGCCUUCGACAAGUUUAUUAAGGAACUAGCGGAUAAGGAAUCGGUCCUAAAUGAAUUCAAAACAUUUUUAUUACGUCUUGAUGCAACUGAACUUGCAGGUUUUCUGCGAGCUGCCAUGAAAGCUGUAUUAACAGAUAAUUUGGCACAACAAUUUUCAUGGAAGGGUACAAAGCGAAAACCGGCGCUGAUUGGUAAUGUUGCGGUGACAGUCAUCAAAGGUACAUAUAUGAAGUCUGGCAGUCAAAUCUUCACUUUUGUAUCAUUUUUAGAAAUAUGCUACCGACAUUUUCCAAAUGCGGAUGACUUUCGGAUUAAUACUAUUCUCCAAAAGCAUCUAAUUUAUGCCAAAGACAGGAUAGAAAAGAAAAGGAAGCGUCAUAGCGAGGGAAAUAGUUGAUUUCUUUUUAAAAAUAUAAUCUUACAAAAAAAAAAA